AGACGCGAGCUCUGCAGCACAAGUAAGACAUUCCAGGGGAGAAACUAAACUGGGAUUUUCCUGUCAGUGAGAGGAGAAACGCUGCAGCUGCAGAGUUCUUCUUCUUUAAGGAAUCACUUCCUUGAGACCAGAGAACAUUAAGACUCUUUCUAGACAUUUUUUCUUUUGGCUUGAAAAGGACUCAGGAGCGGAGUUGCAGCAGGGGUCAGAGAGAAGCUGGCUCCAGUUACCAUGGCUGACCAGGUACAAAUGGCAAACCUAGAAGUCCCAGGUGCGUCUUCAUCGACUCCCUCAUCGCCUGAGCUGUCCAGAAACGACUGCAGCAUCGCCCCCCUCACUCCUUCGCCUUCCCCGAGGUCAGAGUUGAGACCCAGCAUGGCUUGUCCUUUUGUGGUGGUUGUGGCAAUAGAUUUUGGAACCACAUCCAGCGGCUAUGCCUUCAGCUUCACGCAGGACUCGGAGGCCAUCCAUAUGAUGAAACGGUGGGGGAGCGGUGACCCCGGAGUGGCCAAUCAAAAGAGCCCCACCUGUCUGCUCCUCACUCCGGAGCUUAGGUUCCACAGUUUUGGGUUCACCGCACGAGACUUCUACCAUGACCUGGACCCCGAGGAGGCGCGGCACUGGCUCUACUUUGACAAGUUCAAGAUGAAGAUCCACAGCACCAACAAUCUCACCAUGGAGACGGAACUGGAAGCUGUCAACGGUCGCAGAGUGCGGGCCAUCGAGGUGUUUGCUCACGCUCUGAGGUUCUUCAGAGAACACGCCUUAAAGGAGGUGAAGGAGCAGUCGUCCUCUGUGUUGGAGGGAGAGGAGAUUCGUUGGGUCAUCACAGUGCCAGCUGUGUGGAGGCAACCUGCCAAGCAGUUCAUGAGAGAAGCUGCGUACCUGGCUGGUCUGGUGUCUCCUGACUGUCCAGAGCAGCUCCUCAUCGCUCUGGAACCAGAGGCUGCAUCUAUUUACUGUCGCAAGCUCCGCCUCCACCAGGUGAUUGAUCUAAGCCUGCAGCCAAUUACAAACGCUCUGGACCAGGACCCCACUCGCCCAUUUAACUCCAGCUUCAGGCAAGCCAGGGAACAGUUAAGGCGAUCCCGUCACAGCAGGACCUUCAUGGUGGAAAGUGGAACAGGAGAGCUGUGGUCAGAGCUGCAGACAGGUGACCGGUACAUCGUGGCAGACUGUGGUGGGGGGACGGUGGAUCUGACGGUGCAUCAGAUUGAGCAGCCACAGGGAACCCUCAAAGAGCUCUACAAAGCUUCAGGAGGUCCAUAUGGUGCAGUGGGUGUGGACCUGGCGUUCGAAGCCAUGCUAUGCCAGAUCUUCCGGGAGGACUUCAUCCAAAGUUUCAAGGCCAAGCGGCCUGCUGCCUGGGUGGAUCUGACGAUCGCUUUCGAGGCCAGGAAGAGGACGGCAGCUCCGGGCCGAGCCAACGCCCUCAACAUCUCACUGCCGUUCUCCUUCAUCGACUACUACAAGAGACACAGGGGCCAAAGUGUGGAGGCAGCGCUGAGGAGGAGCAACAUGAACAUCGUGAAGUGGUCCUCUCAAGGGAUGCUGCGUCUCACUCAGGAAGCCAUGAAUGAACUUUUUCAACCAACAAUUAAAAACAUUGUUAAACACAUUGAGGAGUUGAUGUUGAAGCCAGAAGUCCAAGGCGUGCGCUUCCUCUUCCUCGUCGGAGGGUUCGCAGAGUCUCCGAUGCUGCAGCGUGCAGUCCAGAGGGUCCUGGGUCGGACCUGCCGCAUCAUUAUCCCCCAUGACGUGGGUCUGACUAUCCUGAAGGGGGCAGUGCUCUUUGGAUUGGAUCCUACUGUGGUUAGAGUACGGCGAUGCCCCUUGACCUAUGGUGUCGGUGUGCUGAACCGGUUUGUCGAAGGUCGUCAUCCUCGUGACAAACUACUUAUGAAGGAUGGACGGGAGUGGUGCACCGACAUCCUGGACCGCUUUGUGUCAGUGGACCAGUCUGUGGCGCUGGGCGAAGCGGUGCGCCGCAGCUACACUCCGGCACGUCAGGGUCAGCGCAAGAUCAUCAUCAACAUUUACUGCAGUGCCACAGACGACGUCACGUACGUCUCAGAUUCUGGCGUGAGGAAGUGUGGAGCAAUCACGCUGGACCUGCCAGAGGCAUCAGCAGGGGCUGCAGGUGGUGCUGGGGCUCCAGAGAGGAGGGAGAUCAGAGCCACCAUGCAGUUUGGAGACACAGAGAUCAAAGUUACCGCCGUGGACGUUCUGUCGAAACGCUCAGUCCGAGCAUCCAUUGACUUCCUGUCCAACUGAGAGGCAACAGGAAGUGGAGAAUUAAUAAUUCUGGCAGUGAUCUACACAGAAGUAACGGUACUUUGGGAAGAACUGUGUCAUAGGGCUAGGAAUACUCACAAGUCAAAGCUCACAACUGAAACUAGCUCAUCCCAACUGAGGGACGCUUAAUCUCAAUCUAGCAGACUGAUGAGUCAUCACAACGCUGCAGACGUUCUCUUGACUGAAUGACUUCUGUUGAGCUUUAUAUUGCUUUUGUAGAAGAGUACAUUAACUACCUAAAUGUUCAUGUUGGCGACAUCGUUUGGCCCUUCCACAAACUUCUUGCCGACAUGAAAGAAAGCUUGUUUGUGACGGUACAGCGCCAUCUGCUGGUAACAGGAAGCGACAAAAUUUGGAGCAAUUUCCAGGUUCCGAAUUCCAGGUUGGCCAGGUAGUGUUCAUAAUUUACUGCAAUGCUGAUUGGCAUGAUAAGCAAAUGAAAUGAACUGGCCCUGAAAUGAAAUGAACUGGCCUUGUGAUUUUAAAUGUACUCAUGGCAAUGGGACAUAAAAGCAUUUAACAAGAAUUUGUUAACUUUAUGCUACCAGCUUUGGAAUGCAACUGGUGCAAAGUCACAGUAGUAACGGUAACAACGUGGUGAAGGGUUCUGUUGAUGGGUAACAGCAGACGAGACGAGAGUUUUUGAUGUCAGCUGUUGGUUUAUUGUAGAAUGUUUCCAUAAAUUAUGCUGGAUCCAC